AUGGCGACUUCCAUUAGCACCCAGCGGGGACAGGUGUACAUCGGGGAGCUGCCGCAGGACUUCCUGCGGAUCGCUCCCACCCAGCAGCAGCAGCAGGUCCAGCUGGACGCCCAGACGGCCCGCCAGCUGCAGUAUGGAGGCUCGGUGAACACCGUGGGCCGACUCAGCAUCACUGUAGUCCAGGCCAAGCUGGCUAAAAACUACGGGAUGACCCGGAUGGAUCCGUACUGCAGGAUCAGACUGGGCUAUGCGGUCUAUGAGACCCCGACUGCUCAUAACGGAGCAAAGAACCCGCGCUGGAACAAAGUGAUCCAGUGUACGGUACCACCAGGCGUCGACUCCUUCUAUCUGGAGAUCUUUGAUGAGAGAGCGUUCUCCAUGGAUGACAGGAUUGCCUGGACACAUGUCACCAUUCCUGAGGGCCUGAGGGACGGAAACGUGGUGGACGAGUGGUUCAGCCUCAGUGGGAGGCAGGGAGACGACAAGGAGGGCAUGAUUAACCUGGUCAUGUCAUUUGCUUCCCUACCAGCAGCAAUGAUGACCCAGCCUGUUGUUCUAAUGCCCUCUGUCUACCAGGAAGGAGUAGGCUAUGUGCCUAUUGCAGGGGUGCCAGGAGUCUAUAACCAGGGUGUGGUCCCCAUGGCCGUACCAAGCAGCAUGCCGGCUAUGGGGGGCCAGGGCCCGGCGUGCAGCGAGGAGGACCUGCAGGCUCUUCAGGACAUGUUCCCCAACCUGGACAAGGAGGUGGUCCGCACGGUGCUGGAGGCGCAGCAGGGCAACAAGGACGCCGCCAUCAACUCCCUCCUGCAGAUGACCGAGGAGCUGUAGCUGCAGCAGCAGCAGCAGGGCGCAGCGGGCAGCAGACAUUCCAACAGAAACGUGCACGAUGCAGCAGGGAGGCCAUGACCAAUCAACUAUCGCCCACAGAGACUACUGCAGCUUUCCACAUGUACACACAGUUCUCCCAAAGAACUUUAACCCUGAGAUUGAUCCACCAGCUGCUACUCAGAGGUCCGUUUCCUCUCAGUUCAAUUAGCCUAGCAGAAUGUGUGUAGAUACACACUGCACACACUGUUGCUGCAUUGAUAGGAGCAGCCAGGUGUGUACAGGUUGGACUCGGCGGUGGAGUGUGUAGAUGUUUGGUUUGAGUUGUUGAAGGUUUGCUGACUUCAGGGUUUGAUUUGCACUGAUCGAGUCAAUCUACCGUUUGUUUUGGCAUUUUUAGCUGAAUAGUGUUUGUGUCUGUGUUGUACAGCUCUUCCUUCACCUUUAGACAAAAAAUGUUAGCUAUAUGAGAAAUCUAUAAAUUAUAUAAAAUCUAUACAAUACAAAAUUUGGGUAAAUGAUCCAUAAGGAAAUUAUGAAAUAUUACCCAACUGUCUUAGAUGUAUCUAUAAAACACUAAGAAAAGUAUUUUAAAGUUAUUUUGAUAUAAAAUCUAAAAGUUUCUGUGCAGUGGCUUGUUAAUGAACCUUAGUGUCUGAAGUGCAGCGUGACGAUGUUGCUUUGUUCCAUGAUUAGCUUGCCAAUAAAGCUUCUGAGGCCAAAAUA